CCUUGCAGUAGCGAGUUGAUGCAAGAUCUGGUUGUUUAAAGUGUGUGGCCCUUCCCCUGACCCUCUUGCGCCUGAUCUGGCCACAUGACGUGCCUGCUCCUGCUUCACCUUCUGCCAUGAGUAAAAGUUCCUUGAGGCCUCCCCACAAGCUAAGCAGAUGCUGGCACCGUGCUUCCUGUACAGCCUGCAGAAUGGCUGCGUCGCUGCUGGCUCUGCUACUGCUGCUGGAGGGAGGCAUGUUCUCCUCGUCCUCCCCACCCCCGGUGCCGCUAGAGAAAGUCUUCCAGUACAUUGACCUCCACCAGGAUGAAUUUGUGCAGAUGCUGAAGGAGUGGGUGGCCAUUGAGAGCGACUCUGUCCAGCCCGUGCCUCACUUCAGACAAGAGCUCUCCAGAAUGAUGGCGGUGGCUGCGGACACACUGCAGCGCCUGGGGGCCCAUGUGGCCUCAGUGGACAUGGGUUCUCAGCAGCUGCCUGAUGGUCAGAGUCUUCCAAUACCUCCCGUCAUCCUGGCCGAACUGGGGAACGAUCCCACCAAAGCCACCGUGUGCUUCUAUGGCCACCUGGACGUGCAGCCUGCCGACCGGGCUGAUGGGUGGCUGACGGACCCCUACAUGCUGACGGAGGUGGAUGGGAAACUUUACGGACGAGGAGCAACUGACAACAAAGGCCCUGUCUUGGCUUGGAUCAAUGCUGUGAGCGCUUUCCGAGCCCUGGAGCAAGAUCUUCCUGUGAAUGUCAAAUUCAUCAUUGAGGGGAUGGAAGAGGCCGGCUCUGUUGCCCUGGAGGAACUUAUGGAGAAAGAAAAGGACCGAUUCUUCUCUGGCGUGGACUGCGUCGUAAUUUCAGAUAACCUGUGGAUCAGCAAAAGGAAGCCAGCCGUCACCUACGGAACGCGGGGGAACAGCUACUUCACCGUGGAGGUGAAAUGCAGAGACCAGGAUUUUCACUCAGGAACCUUUGGUGGCAUCCUUCAUGAACCAAUGGCUGAUCUGGUUGCUCUUCUUGGUAGCCUGGUAGACCCGUCCGGUCAUAUCCUGGUCCCUGGAAUCUAUGAUGAAGUGGCUCCUCUUACGGAAGAGGAAGUAAAUACAUACAAAGCCAUCGAUCUGGACCUGGAAGAAUACCGGAAUAGCAGCCAGGUGGCGACGUUUCUGUUCGAUACUAAGGAGGAGAUUCUAAUGCACCUCUGGAGGUACCCAUCUCUUUCUAUUCAUGGGAUCGAGGGCGCAUUUGAUGAGCCUGGAGCUAAAACAGUCAUACCUGGCCGAGUUAUAGGAAAAUUUUCAAUCCGUCUGGUCCCUCACAUGAAUGUGUCCGUGGUGGAAAAGCAGGUGACACAGCAUCUUGAGGAUGUGUUCUCCAAAAGAAAUAGUUCCAACAAGAUGGUUGUUUCCAUGGCUCUUGGACUACACCCGUGGAUCGCAAAUAUUAACAACACCCAGUAUAUCGCAGCCAAAAGAGCCAUCAGAACAGUGUUUGGAACAGACCCAGAUAUGAUCCGGGAUGGAUCCACCAUUCCAAUUACCAAAAUGUUCCAGGAUAUCGUCCACAAGAGCGUGGUAAUGAUUCCACUGGGAGCUGUUGAUGAUGGAGAACACUCACAGAAUGAGAAGAUCAACAGGAUGACUACAAAUGAAAACAAAGCAGAAGACAUUUGCAUUCAACUUUUCCAUCACUCUGUUGGAACUCGAGAUACCAGUUUAAAAGCGUGCUGUACCACCUUUAAAAUGACUGGAGCAGGCAGUCAGUGAUUUACUCUACCCUGACUCUGCUCACAGAAGAGGGCCCAACUCAGGGCUCAACCUAGCUGUGGGCUUUUGUGAAGGAUUCCGGUUGGUGUUUGCUUUGGAAGAAGGAGACUUCCAGCCAUCACAUCUCUAAUCCUACAGAAUAUCAAGUCCUUGUUGCAGAGUGUCGGCAGGUGUUGGGUAUUUUGUGCUAUUGAGCACAGUUUGUGCUCAUCUCAUGAUGCAGGAUUUCAUGGUGUUCCUCGACUCUGUUGAACCUACCUGAUGUAUUUGGCAUUGUACCCAAGGACUAACAGUGCAAAAGGGUUAGAGUCUUCAUGUUAGUCCAUUAACCAAAGUUUAUUAUAAAAGACACUGUAAGCAUUUCUGACUAAUGUACCAUCAGAUUUAAGAUGUCACCAAACACCACGGUGUAUUCACUGACCUUCAUUCCUGCUGAAUCUUCCUGAGGCCAGCAGUGUCUCAGUUAAUUAUUCUGUUGCCCCCAGGAGAGAAGGGGAGGAGGGUGAAUAGUUACAGAGGCUGCAGAAUCCAGGACAUUCCAACCCGGGAUUGCCGGAGUUGGAAUAUCCACGUUUUUCUGUCACCCAGGGUCAGGAUGGGUCUCCACAGCUAUCCCUCCAGGUUUUCCACCCAAUUCUGAGCCCUGUGGUGACCCAGACACUACCCUAAUGUAGGAGUCAGAAAGGGGUAUCUUCCAAGCUCCUCAUACUCAGUUGUUAAUUAUUUAGACUCAUUAACCAGUUGUACAGAGGCAAAAAACUUAAGGGAGAGAGAAAUUGAAAUAUUUGGGUUUUUUUUUUUUUAACACUUUAAUGAUGAAAUAUAUGCACAUGGACAAAAACAAUCACCCAGUAGAGUUGGGGGUACUGUGACAUGCCCAUUGGGGGGACUUUAUCGUAUUGGAGGAGGGCAAUGUAUUUGCUUGUUAGUAGACAUAGCGUAUUAAAAUGUAGCUCUUGUGAUGAGGUUUAGGGGUUAGGGAUAUCGUUUGGGUUUGGUAGAUGCUCUUAUGGAAAACAAUGAGGGCUGGGUAUGUUUCUGGCUUUAAGUUGUAUUAAUAAAAAUAAAAUGUACUGGCCGGAAAGUUUGGUGAUCGUGCAGGACAGCGUGAGAGCCUUGGUCAGCAACACUGCUCCUUUGCACUUGCUGCUGGGAGAAUGGAGUGAGCCAGGGCUCCCCCUAGGGCUUGUUCCCGGCUGCUUCUCACUGUCAUACUCAUGCUGGGGACUCCGUGGCCUCUGUACUCACCAGAGGCCUGUGACUCCCAUCCCAGUCCCUUCUUCCGAGAACCCGGCCCACUGACCUUCCUGCCCAUUUCAUAUCUGAAAUGCUACUCAUCUACUACAAAAACUUCCAUUCAUUCCCCUAGCCUGGUUCCCCUCUGGUGCUCCCUACCUUGGUAAGUGGACCAUUGGCUAGCUGAUAGCAGAGCCCUGCCUUGUUUUCCACACUUCCUUCUCUUUUCAAUCCAAUUCAAUAUCAAGGCCCAUCCAGCCCAUUUCUCAAAAGCCACCACUUCCUCCUAGUUCCACUGUCACCUCGCAUAGCUCAUAAGCCAACACCUCUAAGUUUUGCUGAGUUAUUGCUAAUUCUCUAACCAGCCUCUGCUUACACGGCAGCCCCUCUAACUGUAUGUGCGACGCUGCAGCCGGCUUGUCCCUCCCAACCUGUUUAAAGCUCUAGACUGGCAACUCAGUCUUAGGAUGAAGUCAGACAUCCCAGGAAGGUCUACAAGUCCUGUACAACCUGCUCUCUGCUUACUCUUCUGGCUUGCUCUGCCCUCACUAGAUACACCCUGAUAACCCCAUCCUUCUAAUCCUCCCAGCUUCACAAAUAUCCAAGAGCUUCCCUGCCUCAGAGCCUUCUCAGAUUUUCUCCCUCCUCUAGCAACACCCUUACAACUCCCUUGGCCUCACUAAAACCCCUCCCACCUGUCCUCAUUAUUCUUCAAAUCUCAGCUUAGUUGUAAUUUUUCAGGGAAGCCUUUUCCGAUUCCCCAUGAGUAAGUGAGGUGUCCCUAUUAUCUACCAUAGUCUCCAUAGUUCCUUUGUAGCAUUUAUUAUCAUUGUCCCUAAAUACAUAGUCAUGCACGCAUACUGACAAUUUGGCUAACAGUAGGGACAGUGGUCCCAUAAGAUUGCAAUACCGUAUCGUAACUGUGCCUUUUCUGUGUUUACAUGCGUAGAUACUACUGUGUUGCAACUGCCUACAGUAUUCAGCACAGUAACGCAGUGCACAGGUUUGUAGCCUAGGAGCAAAAGGCCACACCUAGGCUGUAUGGUGAGGCUUUUUAGGGUACACUGUCUAGGUUUGUGUGGGUACACCCUAGGGUGGCUGCACAUGUCCAGGGACGCAUUUCUCAGUUUCCCUGUGAAGUGAUGCAUGAUGGUAUUUCUACAGUUUGACCACUGCCAGCUCUCCUGCUAGACUAUACCAUCUUUAUAGGCAGAGAUUAUGUGUGUUUUGUCUAUCGUGAUGUCUUGGGAGUUCCAGGCAUACUGUAUGUCUUCAGGAAACAUUUAAGUGCUGAAAUGAAUGAUUUCAACAUUGGUAUCAUCCAUUCUCAUGCUGCUGUGCAAACUCAUGCACUUCUCUCCCUCCUAUUAAACGUGAAGCUGUAUAGUAUCAGAGACCAUGUCCUACUAUUCUCUGCACUUCAGGUAUCCAGUGGCGUGCACUGCACACAUUACAUGAUCAGUAUGACUCCUAAAAUUCUCUUGACUCUGCAGCUGCAAUUUUUGGGGUCUUCCCCACCAGGUCUGCUAUACCCUUCCCAGACUUCUCUGUCUUUUACUCUCCACUUCACAUUGUUCCUAGUUUGAAACCUUGGAGCAGCUAGUACUGGGGAGAAGCACAAAAGACAAGCCAGGUAGAGGUGUCAAUGGCUGAUAACUGUUCAAUGUCUCAGAGUUCCCAGCAGGACUUUAUCAUACCAGGGGCCACACCUUCAUCCAGAGGCCACGAACCAGAAGCCCGGGAGCCCUGCAUGGCUCCCUUCACCUCUGCUGAGGUGGCUUUCACAGUGUCCUAAGCACUUUUGAAUGGGAAGCAGACAUUCCAAAACUGGCAGAUGACACACACACAUACACGCACACACACACGUGCACACACAUGCACACACACAUGCACACACACACGAUUCCUCUUGAGCAAUCAGAGGAUGGAGUGAAAUGACACUACUCUGCAUGUGACAAGAAGCUAAGCUGAGGAGAGCAUGAAGCCCAGUGCCUGACCCUUAAGAUGUGCUCAAUGAAGUUCUUAGAAGCAGUAGAAUAAGGCGAAGCUGACAAAAGAAAGCAAAUACUAUUCUAUCUGGCUUCUCACUUCCAUGGACAGCUGUUUUCACUUAAAAACAAAUCCCCAAACUUGUUUCAUGACAGGGCCAAAUGACUUUUAAAUACAAUCUUGUUUAGUAGAUAGUAUACUAUACUAUUUUAAGGGCCGGGCGUGGUGGCUCACGCCUGUAAUCCCAGCACUUUGGAAGGCAGAGGCAGGAGAAUCCCAAGAGUUUGAGACCAGCCUGAGCAACAUAGGGAGAUCCUGUCUCUAAAAAAAAAAAAAAGUGAACUAUACUAUUUUAAAUGUCUACUUUUAAAUGAAUUCAGUGUUCUCUGUUAUUUUUAAUGUUAUUUUUGAGAUCAAGUUUGAAUAGUAAUUGUACAUGUAAUGGCUAACAAAUCAUGAUUUGAGGUCUU